AAUGCUUAUUGAGAAAUCUACGUUGUCACAGUUACUUUUUAGAUAUUCAGUCUCGCUAUUCAGUGUUCAGUUCAGGUGAUGCAAAAACACGUCUGUCUGUAACCAGUUUUUUGGUGCUACUUUAUUUUGCAUCACAUAAAAGACAACCACAUAAUGGCAAAAACAAUUGUUGCAUCAGAAAGGCGUUUCUACCGAAAAUAAUCGCGGUGGUUGAAGAGCAUGGCUUUGUGAUUUUGUUGGAGCGCUUGGCAUAUUUCACCAUGGCACCACAUCCUGUGGUUCAGGCAAUAAUAGACCUCUCUGCCGGGGCUAUAGGGGGCACAGCUUGUGUACUUAGUGGUCAACCUUUGGACACGGCUAAGGUGAAAAUGCAGACAUUCCCCACUUUAUACAGAGGCUUUGUGCACUGCUUUGUGUCUACGUACAGACAGGUGGGCCUUCGAGGGCUGUAUCAAGGUACCACACCGGCCCUCAUGGCCAACAUUGCGGAGAACUCUGUGCUCUUCAUGUGCUAUGGCUUUUGCCAAGAGGUGGUUCGCUUCGUCUCUGGUCAGGAGAAAGGGGCUGUGCUCAGUGACAUGCAGAAAGCGUGCGCAGGCUCCGUGGCCUCAGUUUUCUCCUCUCUGGUCUUAUGUCCCACUGAGCUGGUGAAGUGCCGACUGCAGGCUAUGCAUGAGAUGGCCACAUCUGGCAAGAUCGCCCACAGUCAGAACACAGUUUGGUCGGUGAUCAAGUCCAUUAUCCAUAAUGAUGGUCCUGCAGGGUUCUUCCAGGGUUUAACCACUACAAUUGCCCGUGAGGUGCCUGGAUAUUUCUGUUUCUUUGGAGCAUAUGAGCUCUGUCGCUCUCUCUUUGCGGAGUACAUGCACUGUGGCAAGGAUGACAUAGGUGUAGCCCCUAUUGUGUUCAGUGGAGGUUUGGGGGGAGCUUGUCUCUGGCUUGUGGUUUACCCCAUGGACUGUGUUAAAUCCAGGAUACAGGUCAUGUCAAUGACAGGCAAGCAGUCAGGCUUCUUCAAGACUUUCAUGCAUAUCUUCAGAACAGAAGGUGUAAGGGCUCUAUAUUCUGGUCUGACUCCCACAAUGAUCCGCACAUUUCCAGCCAACGGUGCUCUGUUCUUAGGUUAUGAAGCCAGCCGCAAAAUCAUGAUGGCACAGUUUGACAGCUAACCCCGUAACAGCACGUGCUAUUUUCUCCAGUUGUUUUUUUAGCAUUUUUAAACGAACUACUUAUAAUUCACCAUGGCCAUUCUAUAGUAUUUCAUUCUACAUGCUAUGGUUUGCACACACUAAUGCACAUUUUUAUAAUGAUGCUUUUUAUUUAUACACUUUAACACUUUACAGUAAGGUUAUACUUGUUUAGUUAAUGCAUUAGGUAUUGUGAACUAUCAGUGAACAAUGGUUCUUAAAGCAUUUAUUAAU